AUGGAAAGCAAACAUGAACCUUCGCUUUGUCGGUCGGUGCAGCGAUUGCUGAUCGUGGCAACCUUGGUACGCGCCGUGGUUGCCGAGUCGGCCAACAGUAUCUUGCAUCGAGAACAAGACGACUAUGGCAACUACGAGUUCGGUUUCAACAUCGAGGGCCUCGCUUGGGACCAAUUCCAGAGGGAGUCCGGCGACGCCCUGGGCCGCAAGAUGGGCGCCUACGGCUUCCGGGGAGCCGACGGCCGGCUGCGGCUGGUCGAGUACGUGGCCGACGAAUUGGGCUUCCGGGCCAAGGUGCAGACCAACGAGCCCGGAACUAAGCCCAGCCGCACGGCCACCGUCAUGGUGGACACCGCUGCACCCGGGUCAGUCCACGAGGCGAGCGCCAAGACGGCCAUACACUCUCCGCCCCCGACGAGACUCCUGCGCAGGCUUUCACCGGCCCCGCCCCUGCUGCCCGUCGGACACGCAAAGGUCCCAGAAGCGAGCGAGCCGUUGGUCAAAGAUGUGGCCCCUCCCAAGGCGGCCACGGAGCAUGCGGAACUCAAGGUUCCCCCCGUCAAAAGCGUCGCCGCCAACUUUGAGUCGCCCUUGCUUCCGAUCGGCGCCGUCAAAAUGGAUUCUCACGCAGCGCUCCGCCAUUACAGUCCGAACAUCUUCCACCUCGGACGCCCGGUCAAUCUUGUGCAUGGAAUCCAACAACACCCCCGGGUUCCUGUGGGUCCGUAUCGUCCGCGGGGAGUUCUCAGGGACGGGGACACCACGCGAGGCGCUGCGCUCGUGCCCAAAGAAGUGAACGGAAGGAUCGUGCAGCAGGUGGCCCUCAUUAAAGCCGAUGGGACCCUCAGCACGGGGGGACUCAACACGCCAGUCCAGUACGACGAACAGAGGAGUGCCGGUCCUUCUCACGUGCCUCAGAGGCGCAUUCCAUUGCAGGUGCCCCCGUUUCAAAACCCCAACAUCGGAAACAUCUUCCCGAUCAACACGGUGCACCCUGGCAGCUUAGGGUUCCAGUUCCAGCAGCAGCCUUUCCCAAUCUCGUAUGCCACUGUCCCCUACCAGGCUGGAUACGAAGCGCAGAGUCCUGGGCCGGCUGCUGUUCUGGUUCCCCAAAUUUCAGACUUCCAGAGGCUGCCCGAUGGCCUGGCGGCAAACUACUUCCUUCCGAACCCUCCACCUGCUGCUCCAGAGAUAGAUAGGCCGCCCGUGCAGCCACAUAUAGCGCCACAGGUGCCGACGCAGCGUGGUCGCUUCGUAGAUCCGGCCCAGGGUUACCCCGUCCAAGGCCGGGGCAACGGGGCCAGUACGAACAAGCGGUACACGGUUCAUCAGCUCCCGAUAGCAGGAGCGUGCCAGUGGCAGGCCCCAUCUACAACUAUCCGACUGCUGGGCAUCAACAACUGUUGCAGCAACCCAAUUAUGCGCCUGUUCAGCUCUACUCUCCACACCGUCGUGGGUCACCAUGAUUUCCCUCCCGCUUAA